ACGUUGAACCACAGGAUGAAUACGCGAGACGCCAUAUUGAGCGGUUUAGGUGUUUACGUGUUUCUGGAGUAAAACUCGUGGAAAAAGUCUGAUCGAUUGUCGUUUAAUUUGCUUGAAUUAUCACUGAACGAUUGAAUUGGUGUAGCAGUUACACCGCGCGGUGGUAGAAUGAACGGCAGCGACAACGAGGACGGUCAAUGCAACAGGAGUAUAGAAAGCAACAUAGUAAUGAUGGGUGACGUUCUUACUAAGAAACACACAGGAGACAGUGCUCCUUGCAACGGCUGCAUCGAUGCAGAGAGCGAUUUAACGCGACAGGACAACGAUCGGCUUGUUAAAUAUGUGGAAGACGUUGUCAGGUCUCCUAUCGUUGCAGACUCAGUUCCUGUCGCGAGCGUGACACUAGAUGAAAGCGUGGUUGACGAAUUUAUCAAAGGUGCAAGGGGUCCCGAGGGUAUCAAGCAAGCUACAUUUCAAACGAAUUCGGACACAGUCGACGAGAAUUCGAGCAGCAAUACUAUUAUUGAGAAUCCGAGGGGAAAGGAGUCAUGUUCCUGUGAUACGUAUAAAGCAAAGAGAGAAUUAUUCAAAGAGGAGCUACAAAAGGCGAUGAAGUUUAAAAAAUUAUGGAGAGAAAUACGACAACAUAUAAGGGGUUGUUUUAACGUAGCCUUGGAAACGUCACGUAUUCCAGGAGGCUUACAGUUUCAUCAUAAUGUAUUUUCUUAUGCGAUGGACGAUGUACAUGAAAUUGUUUUACAACUGUGUAAGAGAGAUCCUCAUCAGUUGUUUAUGAGGCUAGUGAAUUUGACCCAAGGAUUUGUUAUAGAAGUUAAUAUGAAAUAUUUUCUAAAGCAAAGUAUUCGUUUUUGCCGAUUAACGGUACCGUUCAUUUAUUAUAUCUUUCGUACAGGUCUUAUAGACGAUUACGACGCAUUAAUAUCGACAGCUUCAAAGAUAACCGAAUUUGUAAAACCUUUAACAGAUCAUCUGUGUAAAUUUAAUUUAUCUUGGGAAUGUUUUAUUAAGAAGUUAUAUCAGAUCUAUGUAUAUGACGAUCCAUUGGUACAAAAUAAUUUGCCAUCUUUUGUCGAACAGUUAAGAAAACUUGUGCCUUUAAAAGGCUUAGAGUACCGAGGUCUCGUUCUUCGGUAUUUACCAUUUUACGAUGAAAUGGCACUAAUCGCGGACCUAUGGUUAGAGACUGAAUCGUGGAUGGAUAUGUAUAAUGCAGAACAAACAGUUCGGAUGACUAGGCUUAAGCAAAUAAGGGAAGCUUGGGAAUUAUUUACAGCGACUAGAAAACUGAUGGAGCAACGAACGGUGAAUAAAUCACCUGAUAUUGAAAAUGAAUUACAAGAAAGUGACAGAGAACUUUCAAUGGUUGCACCGCAAAUUAAAGUUGCUGUAUCAGAAACGGAUAGUAGGCCUCUUAGCCCAGUUCCAGAUUUUAGUUUGGAGUUACUAAGUAUGCUUCCAAAUAUUGAGAUAGUUCAAAUUUUAUUAGACGAUUGGAAUAAAGCUCAACAUAAAAAAUUAGCUGACAUAGCGGAUAUAUUAACUACUACGGACGCUUAUACCAGCGGACAAGACGAGACCGACUUUUUCGAUUAUGCGCGUGCAACGUGUCAUCUAGCACAGUUUGCAAUUAGAUCAACCAGGGUGCAUAACGAAGAAACUGGUAUGGAAAAUGGUAUAGAGGAGGGAAAAAGCUGUGAAUGUCAUAUGUGUACAGGACUAUCGACGUUUCCAAUUGUUAAUAAAAAUGACGCGGAAAACUUAGUAUUACCAUUAGAAAAUUCUUUUCCACAGUUCACAAUUGAUUUUUUAGAAGACCCAGCGAAUUAUUCUGUUACGCAAGUAAAGAAAAAAGUGGAGGAUAUAGAUACGAAAGAGAUCGAAAGCGAUGAGAAAGAAAUAAGUGUAAGGGAAGAUGUCGAAUUCAAAGCGUUUGAUCCGCAACCUUGUUCGUGCGUGUAUCAGCACGCGAGAGAGAUAACAGAGCGGAAACCGGUGCUAGAAAAUCCUCCUUGUCCGUGUUUAUUAAAUUUUAAAAGAAAGUGUGACACUUGUCCUUGUUUAACAAAAAGUAAUGCUGUGCCUGAAGCUGUCGUAUCAAAUGGUCAUCCAAAGCCGGUAUCACCUCCUACCGUGAAAGCUAAUCAAGAACCAAAUAAACCUGCUGUGAAAACAGGUUCUACGCAGUCUGCUCAAACACAAACGAGGCAUUCUACAACGCAGACAACAAACACCGCUCAUAAUCACACAACGCAUCAAGGUAUCACUCAUUCACAUACGCACGGGCCCUUGCCAGACUUGGUAAAAAAUACAGGACCCACUCACAGACCUCAUACACACAACAGUCAUCCGUCGCACGCUUGUCACAAACAAGCUAAUGUCGAGCACAUAAAGAGAGUGUCGUGCAAUGACUUAAGUUCCGGAGAUGGGGAUUGCUCAGAUUCGGGAAGUAGCCAAGAAGAUUCUUGUUCAACUAGUAGUUCUGCACAAAGAGAUUCGAGUAGGCAUUGCGAUUGUUGCUAUUGCGAAGUGUUCGGGCAUGGGGUUCCUUCUGUAGCACCGGUUAGCCGAAAUUAUAAUGAAAUGAGAGAACGAUUACGACAAUUACUGACCAAAAAGAAGGCCAAGAAGUGCAAGGCUACGUGUAGUCCGUCGAAAAGCCCUUCAGAACAGUUAUCCGCUAGCACGAACACAGAAACGAAGAUAGUAACAAAUUCAGCGCCUAGGUCAAAUACUCCAGUGUCGAGUAUUCCUUCGGUUCAACCAGAUCAACGAGAUCAGAGGGAUUUGGAGGAAUUGCUUGAGUUCAUUGAAGGAAAUCAGAAUGGAAAGAAAGAUAAUAAUAAGAAAGCUGAGAAAAAAGCUAGACAAAAACAACGGAAGCUUGAGGAGAAGCUUAAAAGAGACAGGCAAGAAGCAGAAAGACAAAAGUUAAUAGAGUUGCAAAAAAAGACACCGGAAGUAACUAUUACUGUUGUAGAUCCGCAGAAACCCGUUCCUCAAAGAUUAUUACCUCAGUGUAAUCUACCCGAAGUAUCUAUUUUACCUACGUCACCGCCAAUAACGUUGCCGAUUGUAAAGCAAUUAAGUAAUAAAAAGAAAGACAAACAAGAAGUUUAUAGCAAUAGUAGUAAUAUCAGUAGCAGUAGCUGUAGCAGCAGUAGUAGUAGUAACAGUAGUAUAAAUAGCAAAACGAAGACUGCACCUGUGAAUACAAAUAUAAAGAAUAAUAAAAGUAUUACUACUAAUAAAAUUGACAACAAGACGAUGGUUCCCAGCCAGACGAAUAAGACGACGACGACGACGAAAAAUGAUAAAACUGAUGUUAAUGGUAAAAAUAAAACACAAACGAGUAGCAAUGGUAUAAAUGUUAAAAGUAACUCAAAUAAUGUUACGGAGAAAUCUCUGGCUGUUGACUCGAAUGAUAAGAAAUUAACGAAGAAAGAGAGGAAAAAGUUAAAGAAAGAGAUGAAGAAAAUGGAAGAGGCAAAGUCGAAGGAAGUAAAGAAACCAGUUCAAACGGAGAAUCAACCACAGAUUGUGACAAUUAAAAGAGUGAUGGAAUCGAACAGUGCUGAACCAACAGUGACGAUUACAUUGAAGGGCCAAACACCGGCCGAAGACAAAGUUCUAUUCACCCUGGUAAAUGGUCAGACUAAGGAAGUUGCUUCUUUGAAAUUGGAUAAUGAACAGAAUCAGAACAUUAGCGGAAAGAAAAAGAAAGCUAAAUCAAAUAACAACAAUAAUAACAAUAAUACAAACAACAAUAACAAUAUUAAUUCGUUGCAGGCUGGAAAUAAACAGCAACAAAUGAAUAAUUCGAAACAGCAGGUACAAAACAAGAUUUGUGAUACGAAAAACAUUAAACAAUCAAAUAAUGAAAAGAACAAAGGAAAACAGAUCGACGAGAAGAAGAUUCAGCAACAGAAUAUAACUGAGAGCAAAACAAAAUCUAAGAAAGAUAAGAAAAAUACUGAGAAUAAGGAGAACGUGUUGCAACAAAACGCAGUGAAUAAAAAUAAAACUCAACAACAAAACGUUUCCAAUAAGAAACAAAAUAAAAUGAACGCCCCGGCUCAGACAUCGGCAUCUCAGAAGCCGUCGCAGAACUUGACUAUCGCCAACGAUAGUAAUAAAAAGUCAAAAGUGCAGCAGCAACAGGAGAAAAACAAUCUAGUGAACUCGAACAAGAAUAACAAGAAUGUAAGUUCCAACGUCACCGUUAAACAAACGAAGAAUGAUAAUCAGAAGGUUCAGAGCAAGGUGUCGAAUCAAACGACAACAACGGUGAAACAGCGAUCGGAAGUUCAAUCAGCACCUCAGGAACGUGUCAACUCACCGUUGAGUAGCCAGUUCAAAGAUAUCGGUGCAAACUCUGAGAUCAAUAUAGAGAAUUUAAUAUUACCACCUGGUAUCACGAUAACGAAGGUUGAUGCUCCCGCGAAGCCUUUGCCGAUCAGGUCAGCGCCCUUGCCUAAGCCUGUGAAUCCUCCUAAACAAACUACCAUAAUUGCUGCACCGAUGAGCGGUGUUCAGUCGAGUUACGCGAGUCCUCAGGCGGGUGGAAACGUAAUUGUAGUGGACACAGGGAAAUUGAAGCAGGAUCUUCUGCCCAAGCCUGUAGAGAAAGAUAUGCUUAAAGAAACGCAACAAAGCCAAAGCGGUAGCGGUAAGAAAAAGAAGAAGAAAAAUAAGAAUGCAACAAACUCGCAGAAUUCUACGAACCAAACCACAGUACAAAACAAUGACCCUUUCACGAACGAUCACGGGGACGAGCCAGCCAGGAUACUUCAUAAUCCAAACACGAACAUGGUAACGAUAAGAAAUCCUGCGUUCGGUCCUAUGAAAGUACCACCCACUCAACAAGCAGCCAUCAUAAAGGUGUCAGAAAACGGUAUGGUCACGAUACGAAGUCCGGCGUUGCAACAGGCGAUCAAUGCAGGUCUUACAUCACCUCCGAAACCAGAUUAUAUCGUGAAGGGUGAUCUGUCGUCUAAAACGAGCACGGAUAACUCGAAUCUGAAGCAUCCGAACGGUAUUAUUCCAUCGAGUUUGGCGGAAUUGAGGAGCAGACUGACGCCGGAUUGCACGGCUUUGAGCGGUUUGGCUAACAUUCAGAUCAGUAAAGUGACGAACGGUCAACCGAUACCGGAGAACGGGAUCAACCUGAAAGGGACGAGCGUGACCCUGACCAAAGUGAGGACAGACACGAGCAUGGAGGAUGUUCAGAACGCGAAAACCGCGGUCAGGGAAGCGAUAAACGCGUCCAUAGCCGCGUCGAGUAGCGAGAAGAGCAAGAAAAAGAAAAAGCGUAGAACCGGGGCGAGACAGUGCGGAGAUGACUGGAACCUCGUUGAGAGCGUAUUCACGCCCAAAGAUAUAGACCUCGAGGACGGGGAGAUGGACGACGCGGAACGGGAACUGGAGGCGUUCAAGAGAUUUUGUCUGCAGUCGGUGCCGCCACCGCGUAAGGAGAAGGUCAAUCUCAACAUCAAGGACAUCGUGCUAAAGAAGAAGUCAUCCUCGUCGUCGUCGUCGUCGUCGUCAUCGUCAGCAGCUACCGCUGUGAUCGCCGCGGAUUGAUUUCACUUUUCGACUAACAUUAGAGCGUCCUCUCUCACUGCUAUUACUACUACUAUUACUGUAUCCGCGCUAGCGCGUUUCAACAUGUGCGACCGUGUGUGCGUGUGUGUUGGCUUGACGCAGAACUAACGAAAAUCUCUACCGUGAGACGGGGGUACCAUUGUAUCAGACGAUAAGAUGAACCUGUAUAUUAAUUCAUUGUUAAUCGCUCUCCUCGUCCACGGUUAAUUUUAGUUCAAGCAACGAAUCCGUGAAUUUGGAUCAGCGUGGAACAUUCAUGACGAAUCCCGAUCAGUUAUCAUGAUCCAAUGAUCCUCGGGGGAGGGAUGUAGGAACGCGUAACCAAAAAGAAAGAAACAGUUUUAUUGUAUACAGCGUGUUUUUAGUCGUUAAGAGAAUCCCGCUAUUUUUGCAUCGAGCCAAUCACUGACGAAUAACGUAUGUGUGCGUUGUAAUGCUGCCAUGGCCGAUGCGAAACACGCGGCCGACCGGAAACCUUGCCGAUUUCCGAGUCUCGACGAUGGGGUUGCGAGUGAAUCAGGAGGGCUACCGUCGUGGUACAUCGCGAGCGAUUCUGACCACGAAAAAUCAUUGUGUACAUCGACGUUUUCGUAUGUUUAACCCUCAGACGGCGGUGGUUUGACCAGGGUGCCAUAAGUGCUUCAAACAAUGGGUGGAUGGAACGCUAAGGGAAGGCUGAUUUGCACUUGAUUAUACGCACAAGUGCAACAUAAGCUUCCUUUAACGAAGGGUGAGGGUAAAAGAAGGCGCCUCUUAUUGCUUGCUCCCAAAUAGUAAUAAAAGAUUAGAGAAAAUGAGGUCAGGAAUGAUCCAUCGCCAAAGGAGGGUUAAUAUAUAUCGGUAGACGAACACAUUACGAUUGCGAUUAUUUUCUUUUACGCGUAGAGGAAAGAAACAACACGAGGUGGACAUUUUAGGUAGCAAUGUACGCGAAAGGGGUAGGCAACCGAGUGGCAUUUUUCUCGAGACACAGCCCAUAGGUAUAUAUAAUAUGAUUAUAAAUAUCAAAUGUAUGUAUGUAUAUGUAUAUCUAUAAAUAUAGUAGGAACGAAUUUUCUUAUCGAGGCUGGUCUACGAUAAUCGGUUUCUCGAAUAGAAGCGAAAACGAUCAUGGCCCCACCAAGUUUUCAUGCGAUAUUUCGACGAAUUUUUGUUUCUUCAAGCGCUAACAAGAAAAACGUAUCUCGUCGUAAUACCGACGAUCAAAAUCACGUUGCCACGAUCGCAAUCGCCAGCUUAACAGCACACUUUUCGAUCGACGCUUUUAUCGAUCCACGAACACCGCAAAACAUGCGAGUGCACAUGGAGACACCUUUUUCUCUCUGUGUCUCACCUCUUUUUUUUUUCAAUAAAAGCAGAUAUGCAUUUUUA